UUUUUUUAAGCCAUUCACUAUGACGAACAGUCACUAAGAUACUUGAUUGACUUUGUUCCUGGCCUCCAUGGAUUUUCUAGGUUUUGGUGAGCCAUGAAACGACGAUUCCCAGGCUAAGGACUCUUCUUUCCCAAGUCAUCUCUUAGUGUUGCCUCUUUGCAUGAAAGCGAAUGACUUCGCCUGCACGUGAACCUGUUCUGGGGCUCUGUCUGACCGUGUGUCCAAGCCCACUGCUUUUCUUCUGAGUUCAGCAACUGGAGAGGAAACUCUCGCCUGCCCUCCCUAUCAGCUCAACCUCCUGUUUCGAGGGGGGCCACGGUCCCUAACCUGCGUGUUAUCCCUGUUUUGCUGUGCUUUAAUAUGACCUUUUGCUAAAAAUACAGGGCCUGUUCUCAGCCUGGAGAUCUUCGUUCACCUCUUCUGAUUUCUCCAGCCCUAUCAUCGAUGCUUGGUUUUGACUAAUAUAUUCACGGCAAUCUGAUGCAACGUUGGGAUUUGUACUUCGUAAGUCCUGCCUGGCUCAUCAGGGAGGAGGAGGAGGAGGAGGGGGAGGAGAGCUUCUGUCUGUGCCACUCUUCUGCUUUGCAGCCUUUAGGAUCCAGCUCCAGCUCUGGACCCCCACCCUGCAAAAGGGCUAGAGAAUGUCUCCUUGCUCACGGAAAGCAGGGUCUCCAGGAAGUCCUCAGUGGGAGUGUGAAUGAGGAUUUUACAACCUGCUCCUCAAGGAGGAGAGCAAGCCGGCUGCCUGCUGCCUUGGGGUGGAAUCGCUGUUUCUUAGCAGUGAAAGAUAAGGCAAACCCACAAAGCACUGAAUUUCUGACGAUACAGCAUAAAGUCCGUCAAGGAGAGGCACUUUCAGUAUGGCCCAUAAAAGCCAAGCUGGUGGAAUUGAGAAAAACAGGUCAAUUCCCUCCGUCCUCUACUGUAAGAGUGAUUUAAAGGAAGGAUCCCUGCAGUGGGUGAAAGAACCCUUCAAUGGCCAGGUGCUCAUGGUGCUCAGCAUGGACAGCAGUUGCUCAGCCACCUCCUUAGACAUGGAGCUUUGUGCAGAGAAGCUAAAGUCCCUUGGGGUUCAGGUGGCCACAGAUCAGUGGAGAAGGUUAAUCCAGGAUGCGAUCCUGAAGCCUGAAGUGAGACGGUACAUGUUCUACAACUCCAGGGUGUUCCAGAUAGCCCUCGCCGUGGUUUUGUACGUGUCUCUCUGGACAAAUAUUUACUUCACAGUGCAGCUGUGUUCCUUCGGACGCUACUGGGAGGCCAGUGUGCUGGUGACCCUGGCUGCUGUAGCAGUCACCGUAGUUGUGAUACUGGUUAUCGAUCGUCGCCAGAGGAAGAUAAAUAUGAAUACAGAUGUGAGGCUGGCAGCUGUCAAUGAAAUCUUUAUUAAACACAGUUUAAUUCUGGGGAUUACAGAUGUCCUGGAUGGGCCACGCAGCAUCCUACAACUAUGGUUCGUGCACUUCAGCCCGGAGUGCUGCCUCCAGUCCUUGUCAGCCCACAUCACAGACCUGCAGAGGACACGAGAGUUGUGCUUGCGACACAGCCUGGAUGAACUCUGUGUGGUCAUGGAGGCAGUGGUUCAGCCCAGCCUGGGGACGAAGGAGGACGCUUUGCAUGAAGACUCCCCUCUUCUAUCCAGUGGGGUGAAUAAAAAACCGGUGACGUGCAACAAGCUGCUCCGCCUCAUUCCUGAGGGCCCACCAGAGGUGAUGGCCCAGCAGCUCCUGGUGAUCUUCAGCGGAUGCUACGUCCGGCUCCUGGUCACGGGCCGGCUCCCUCGAGCCAUGGCAGGGGGGCACCUGGGGCAUGGCAGUGUGCCCUGUCUCUGCCAGUUCAUCAGGACCACCGCGCUCAACACACAACAGAGCUGGUUCACAGGCAGGUGACCAGAGGGGCCUGGCAAGCGCUAAAAUAAGAUGUCCAUACACAACAGUGUGAAGAAGCUGUGGGGCAGAGGAGAGGCCUGUAAUCGCUCAUCUGGGUGAAUGAGUGGAAAUAUGACUAAUAAAACAUGCAAGACACUCACCAGAAAGCUGCUGACCUUUGAGACCUUCUGCCUACCCACUGGCUUGGUGGGAAGGAGCUGCUUUGGGGGUGAGAAACAAUCCAGGGGCAGCCUGGAGCUCCCUUGGGAAAUUUCCCACUGUUCUUACUUGAGGGCCUUGGAGACCCAUGGGGAAUAACCUGUAGGUGCCAGCCCCAUGCCUUCGAAAUCAAGUACAUGGGGUUUUUUAGUACAAGGAAGACAGGGAAAACCUGUACAUAGCAGUGUUGCAAAUGUGCUGUUUGCGCUGGAUUAUGUUUUUGUCAUGUAGUUGUCAGUGACAGUCAGCUUUGUCCUGUGACAGACAUGGACCAUCUCUCAGCUGAUGACUUGGCAAGCUUUCCAUGGAAAAACCAGCUCAGGCUGGUGCUUGGUACCUGCUGCUUCUGCUGCCUUCCCUGGGAGGAUGGUGAUAGAUAUCGUGAUGACCCAUGUGAUUAAGGUUUGAAGAAGGCACCGAGUGGGGCAUGCAGGAGCAUGGCUUCUUUCAGACUCCCCUUUCUGCUCCAUUUUGGGACAAGCUAAUUUCCUUCCCCCCCUUUCCUCCUUUCUUCUCACGGUGUUUGCACACAGCAUGGAAGAGGAGCCAGUGGUGAGCAGGAGACCUCAGCUUUUGAUGGAGUCUGUGCGGGAAUGGGAAAUGAAGUGCUCUCAGUCUGCAGGGGGUUGUGUGCUCAGGUGGUGCCCAUGCACGGAGCGCUGCCGUACGGCCCCGGCGCUGCUGGCAUCCUCUGGCACCAGAGCCAGGCAUUUCCAUGAAAUCCAGGGGAAUACACGCGCACAACCUAACCACACGGUGUGGCUGUGACAGCUGCCCUAGGAAGUGGCAGGGGUCAGAAGAAGGCCUCCUAAGGGCUGUGUUUUCCAGCCUUGCUGUGGCUGAGCGUGCUUGGGAGAUGUGGCUCCAUUCUCAGCCCUCCAGCCCACCUGCUCUCCCUCCCUCCCCAUAUCCUGCAGAACCCUGCAGCCCCCUGGGCAGAGCUUCUGCCGUUCCCACCUCAACAAAGCUCAGCAUGGGACACCUGCCCUGCACAAAUCCAGGAGGGUUUGAAAAUUAAGGUCACUAGUUUGUGCACAUCCUUCCAUUGUGUGUAUCCCAUCCUACCACCGACCAUUCCCCCCUUCACGUAAUAUCGUACCAGAAAAGUUCUGGUACCAAAGAUCAAACCAUCGUUCAGGGCAGCAGCAAGAGGCUGAGCCCUGGGGACCCAGGAACUUACAACCAGCUCUCCCCAGGGUGCAGGAUGCCUCUGCUCCCUCCCAUUUUGUUUCUGUCACAAGCAACGGUGAGACAAG